CUGAGCUGUUUAGUGAUGAUGUUCGUCAUUAAUCCCGUGUACUCGUCGGGCAGCAUCGUCCUCCUGUUACUGCUGCUGCUUUUCCUCCACUACAGAUCGCCCACCAGCAGCUGGGGCUACAUCAGCCAGGCUCUCAUUUUCCAUCAGGUGCGUAAGUAUCUUUUGAUGCUGGAUGUGAGGAAAGACCAUGUGAAGUUCUGGAGGCCGCAGGUGUUGUUAAUGGUGGCCAACCCUCGCUCGUCCUGUCAGCUCAUCCUGUUUGUCAACCAGCUGAAGAAGGGAGGACUGUUUGUGUUGGGCCACGUGCAGCUGGGAGAUCUGGACAUCCUGCCAUCAGACCCGGUCCAGCAGCAGUACAACUUCUGGUUGAGCCUAGUUGAUAAACUCGGGGUGAAGGCCUUUGUAGACCUGACGCUGUCUCCCUCCGUCAGACAGGGAACACAGCAUCUGCUGCGCAUCACUGGCCUAGGUGGCAUGAAGCCCAACACACUGGUUUUGGGUUUCUAUGACAGCAGCACUCCUGAGGACUUCUUCCUACAAGAUACUGCGUUCUGUGAGUCUUCGCUGGAACGUGGGAGUGAGGGUGAAUACAAUUUUGGGGUUGACUUGCCUUCAUUACAGGCCCAUUUCCCCCCAGUCCGACAUGUUGAGAGCCCACGCUGGCUUUCACCAGAGGAGUAUGUAGGGAUAAUUUCUGACGCCAUCAAAAUGAGCAAGAACGUGUGCCUUGCCCGCCAUUUCUUCCAGUUAGAGGGAGAGGGGAAAGACAGCAAGGUUGACGGGUCCGACCGGACUAUAGAUGUGUGGCCUCUCAACCUGCUUCAGCCAGGCAGCCGUGAUUAUGAGGAUGUGUGCAGCCUGUUUCUGCUGCAGAUGGCCUGUGUGCUCAACAUGUCCAGCAAAUGGCGCCAUGCAAGAAUGAGGAUCUUCCUGAAUGUGGAGACCGAGUCCAGUGACCAGGGCUGGGUGGUAAACGAAGAGACGUUCCGAGAGUUGCUGAGGAAGCUGAGGAUCAGGGCGUCGAUAAAGAUCGUGCCGUGGGACUCGGUGGUGCAGCACCACAUUGAGCCGGACGGGGAGCGUUCAGCAGAGCCAAUACAAGCUCUGUCUGAGGACUUCUUGUCCGCAGUAAACUGUAUGUUGAUGGAGCACAGCUCGCAAGCUGCUGUUCGCUUCCUGUAUUUACCUCGACCUCCUGGUCAUCACAGCCAAUCACAGCAGUACUUGGCUCAGCUAGAAGCAGUGACCAAUAGUUUAGGGCCAACGCUCCUGAUUCACGGUGUCACCCCUGUCACAUACACUGAUCUGUGAGCAUUUGCAUUCAUGAGUUUUGUUCCUGUUUGACAUUUGAUAUUGUACAUGUAGCCAGGUCUUAUCUGACUGCUCAUUUAACACAAGCAUAGUAUAAACUGUGGUUACAUGUAAAAUAAACACAUCAUGUAAUGAAACGUAGAUGCUAAGGUACAUCACAGGUUACUUAACUUUCAUCUAAUGCAGCUUUUUUGUUGUUGUACUGAGGCUUAGAAAAGAACCACAGAGUGCAUUUUGACAAUACAUCAACUGAGGUUUUUGUAUUCAAAUAGGAUAUUUUCCUAGUUUCAUAUACUUGAACUGGCUUGGUGGUUUAACCAAGAAAUGGGAGAAUAUUAAUGUCUGUGUGAUUUCUGUUGAUAUAACCUCUUGUUUCAAUUAGCUUUAAGCCUGUCUUUUUACACAAGACAGAAAUAAAAAUGUGUCAAAGGCUCUUCAGAACACACACAAUUUGUUGUGAACAAUACGGGUUGAGGACAUUGCAUAAAAAAAAAAAAAAAGCCUGUAUAUAAUUUCAGGGAUGACAGUGGUGUUUUGCGAUAACAAUUGACCACAGUAAGUUUCUUAAUGGUAUUAUGUUAAUGCAUAAUAACUUUUAAACUCCUGUAUUUGUGCUGCUUGCCUUUUCCUACAUUCCCAUAUUUCCCAUACAUAUAUAGGCUGGUCACAGACAUUUUUUGUUUGUGAGCUAAAUUUGAGUAAAGUUUUUUUUUUUUUUUUUUUUCCAUGAACGUGCAAACGUUUUCUUUUGCUGUUAAAUGUGUCUCUAGUCUUCACAAAAGAAACCACUUUGUACAUCUGACCUCAGAAUGAUGAACACGUUUGUUGCUGUUGUAUUUGCUAACUUUGAAAUUAUACUGGAUUUUUGUGCUUAAUGAUGCAGACAUUCAAAAAUACACCAAAAAGGGUUAUGCUGAAGGUUAUAUCCUAAUCCAGUCUCAGUCAGGACCAGGACCAACAAUGAUUCAUACCAAGUCAAAAUUAAAAAGAGAGCGUGUUGUACCAUUGUUACACAAAUUAAUUUAACAUUUAAAAAAAAUACAGAAUAAAAUGUUACUGCAUUCU